AUUUUAUGUUUGGUUUUAACAGGAAGACAUUGGCUUUUGGUUACUUUCUGUAAACCAAACUGCGUGAAUUGCAAUCAUGAUCAUUCAGACAUUCAUAAUAAUAUUUCUGCUUUCUCCUCAGAUCUCCAUGUGGACAGACUACCAGACAGUAAAUGUCCUGGCCUACACACGGGUGAUGAAGAAUGGUUCAAUAGACCAGUCAGUGGUUGUUUUGGUGAAUGAAGCCACAUUUGCAUACUUUGAUCAGGCAAAUAAAACGUUUGUCUUGCGUCCCAGUGCAAGCGCUGGCUUCUCAGUUUUAGAAGACAGCGAUCAAUCAUUCUGCAUGAAUGAGGUGGCAGCAGGAUUUAUUCGACAAACUGAUUACCUGGAAAAACUCAAACAAAAAACAAAUUCAUCGAAAUCACUUUUGGUACGCCCUUCGGUCAAUGUGUAUACUGAAUUUCCUGCAAAACAAGGAGAAGUAAACAUCCUUUACUGUUAUGCCACUGGGUUUUACCCUGGUGAGAUUGAAAUAAACUUUUAUCUAAAUGGCCAAAAGUCCACUAUAAAAGCAGAGACCUCUGACUUAAUGUAUGGGGAAGACUGGACCUUCAGAGUGUACAAGUAUAUGGAUAUCACUCCACAUUAUGGAGAUGAGUACAUAUGUGAAGUGAGACACAGCAGUAUGGCUGAACCUAAAAUUACAAAGUGGAGGCCUGAAUUUUCAGUAUCCACAUCACAUUUCCACUGGGCUUAUUUGGUACUUCCUGGCAUCCUGUUGGGCAUCAUGGCAUCUGUGCUGAUUUUAAAAAGAAAACGGCGUUCUCAAUUAUAAUUGUGCUUUGAAAAACGGAACUUUAUGGCUUAUAUAGAUGAGUACAGUAUAGAAUUCAUUUAUUUAGGUAUAAUCCAUUACAGUCUCCUUAAAUUAUUUUAUUUAAUCUUCAGUUUUAAAUUUUAUUCCGUAAAUCUGUGUUUGCAAUUUUUAUCUCUGGUUUAACAGACAAGGCUUAAAGCCUAGUCCCAGACUAAAAUGCAUUUCUGAGCCAUCUUAAACAGAGGUGUAAUGUAUUUGUGUAAAUGUAAUUAGUUACUGUACUUGAAUAUCUUUUUGGAUACUAUGUUUUACUGAGUAUCAAAGAUUGUAGCAACUUUUACUCUCUACAUCACUACAGUUUUUGAAUAAGCAUUUGUUCUCUUUACUCCACUACAUUUGUAAUGAGUGCUGCAAUUAAACAUUACAUUU